GGAGCCAAAAGACAGUUCGUCGAGGAACUCAAGCAGAAGGCAGGAGAAGGGUUUAAACACCACAUCGAGAGACUCAAGAUGUUUCCGUUCGAAGCCAAAGCUACGUCCACGGCUGCCGCUUACAAGGCAGAGAACGACAAGAGAAAUUCGUGGAUUUCUCAGAAGAAGCUUCCAAUGGACGACCAUCGGAGCGUCUUUUGUGUCAGACAUCAUCAAGUCCAAAAGAAGAGAGGAAAGCCUGCUAAAGAAAAAGUAGUGAAAGUGACUAUGGAGGAUGUGCAGAAGAUCACAAUGUUGGCAAUGAAAGAAGACAGUCCGGAGAGGGAUCGAGACGCGUUGCUGGCAAUUCUAUCGUUCAAUGUCAUGCUAAGAGCAUCGGAAGCCGCUAAGAUCAAGUGGGCAGGAGUAACACAGAAAGACGAGAUGAUUGAGGUGCAUGUAGAGAAGGCAAAGAAUGACCAGUUGAGACUUGGAAGACGUUCGUUUUUCAACUACGAGCCAGGCAGCGAUGCGGACAUCUUGAUGUGCCGAUGGAGACUUCGAACCAAUGGAAAGUGUCCAUACGUCUUUUCACACCUGGACGGUUCGAAGAAGCUCUCGAAACAAGCCAUUUCGACGCUCCCGACGAAGAUGCUGGCAGCGAUCGGGAAGCCGGGAGCGACUCAUCACUGCUUCAGAAGAGGAGGAGCCAACCACAUGGGGAGAAUCGGGCAUUCAAUGGAGGAAAUUCACUGCAGAGGAAGAUGGAGAUCGGCGGCAGGACUUCAGCGGUAUCUCACUGAUGGUCCAACAGCUCAAGGAUGUCUACAGUCCUAG